GGAUAGAUCAUGCUUUGGGGUCGUAUUGCAGUCAACGGCAUUGAGAACAUUUCAUGGGUAGAGGGAAGAAUGGAUUAAAUUAAUUUCCAACAAAUUCUGGACCUAAACAUCCAACAAAUCUCCUGACCUAAACAUCACUGAAAAUUUGUGGACAGACCUCAAAAGAGCAGUGCGUGCAAGAUGGCCUAGGAAUCUCACAGAACUGGAAGGAAGAAUGGGCGAAAAUUCCUCAAACAAGAACUGAAAGGCUCUUGGCAGGCUACAAAAAGCAUUUACAAACUACUUGCCAAAGGAGGUUCUACUAGAAAGCAGUGAACCACCCACGUGACAUCGAGACACCUUUACUGAAGGGUUGUUCUGCAUAACAACAUUGACUGAUCCGUCCACUGGGUUGACUAUAAUCUACGGUCAGAAUGUCCAGCAACGACCUGUACUUGCUUUAUCAUGGACUUUUAUUACCAAAGACUGUACACACAGACGACAGUUUGAAAUAUUUUGAGUCGUUUCAAGUGCAGGAUGAUGACGUGAUUGUAGUGACUUAUCCCAAAUCUGGUACAACAUGGAUGCAGGAAAUUCUUCUCCUGCUUCUGAAUGGAGGGGAUUUUACACCAGUACUGACCAUCCCCAACUGGGACAGAAUGCCUUGGCUUGAGGAGACACGUGCUGCUGAAAUCGCAGAAAAGCUGAGUGCUCCACGGGCCUUCGUGUCUCACAUGCCUUAUCAUCUGAUGCCUUCCUCUUUCUUCUCUUCUAAGGCUAAGGUCAUUUAUGUUUCUAGAAACCCAAAAGAUGUCCUGGUUUCCUCUUUUCAUUUCCAUCAAAUGGCCAGUUUUCUGCAUGACCCAGGAACCUUGGAAGAAUUUGCAGACCAAUUCCUAGCAGGGAAUGUGAUGUUUGGAAAGUGGACAGAUCAUGUGAAGAGCUGGAGAAACACGGAUCUGGGUGACAGAAUCUUUUAUGUCACGUACGAGGAGAUGAUUCAGGAUCUGCAUGGUGUUCUCGAACGCAUGUUAUUCUUUCUUGGUAAGUGCCUGAGCAAAGAAGCUCAGACCCGUGUGACUGAACACUGUGCAUUUAUAAAUAUGAAGCAAAACAAAAUGUCCAACUAUUCACUGGUGCCAGAGGCGGUAAUGGACACCAAGAAGUCUACUUUUCUCAGAAAAGGAAUUGUUGGAGAUUGGAAGAAUUAUUUCAGCCCAGAGUUGGAGUCGAAGUUCAACACAGCAAUUUGUGAAGAAUUAAAGGGAACUGACAUCAAAUUCCCCAUAUAAUAAUUGUCAUGAUUCUAUUAUACCAAAGUUUGUGCUUAUAAUUUAAAUUAUAAUUUGGUAUGAUUUAAACAAAAUAAGAAUAACAAAAAAAAGUAGCUGAACUCACCCAGAACAUGAACAGAUUAUUGCUAAAUUACAAUUGCAGAAACACAUCACCCUGCGGAAAAAUCCAGCAUAUACCAGCAUGAAUUCCAUGCUGGUCCAGGCUGUUUUUUACUGGUUCAUGCUGGUAUAAUGCUGGUCAGUGCU